ACCCAAGUUUGUGCGAGCCCUCGUGGCCCAAGACCGGGCAGCAUUCGUAGGGUAUGGGCGGCCGGCCCGAUAGUUGCCGCUACUCUGCUUCUGGCAUGCGCCGUCUCCUGCCGACGCUCGCCGUCCACCUGCCGCCAUGCCCCACGCCCGCGGCUACUCCACCCGCCACCGCCGCCGGCGUCAACGUCGAGACGGUGCUCCACCACAUCGAACGUGCCAUCUCCGUGGGCGACGUCCGCCGCCUCGGCCGUGCCGCGCACGCGCUCCUCGUAAAGACGGCGCUCAACCAUCACACCCUCCUCUCCAACCGUCUCGUCGAGCUCUACGCCACGCUAAACUCCCCGGCGGCCUCCCGCGCAGCCUUCGAAGACCUCCCGUACAGGAAUGCCCAUUCCUACAACAACCUCCUGGCCGCGCUUUCACGCGGCCCCGCCACCCUCCCCGACGCCCUCCACCUGCUUGACGCAAUGCCUGCCUCCUCUCGCAACGUUGUAUCCUACAACACCGUCAUCUCGGCCCUAGCGCGGCACGGCCGGCAGAGGGAAGCACUCUGUGUGUUCGCCCGGUUGGCCAGGGACAGGUGCCUGGGGCCGGAGGUGGCCGUCGACCGUUUUGCAGUGGUCAGCGUGGCGAGCGCUUGCGCUGGGAUGGGAGCCGUGAGGCCACUCCGAGAGAUGCAUGGCGCGGUAGUGGUGUCCGGGGUGGAGGUGACGGUCAUUAUGGCCAAUGCAAUGGUGGAUGCCUACAGCAAGGCCGGGAGGGUGGAGGACGCCAGGACGUUGUUCAACCAGAUGAGCAUCCGGGACACUGUCUCUUGGACAUCGAUGAUUGCAGGGUACUGCCGUGCGAAGAGGAUCGAUGAGGCAGUCCGGGUAUUUCACAUGAUGCCGGAGCAGGACACAAUUGCAUGGACGGCACUCAUCUCUGGGCACGAGCAGAAUGGUGAGGAGGAUGCCGCUCUGGAACUUUUUCGACAGAUGCUGGUUCAGGGGAUGGCACCAACACCGUUUGCUUUGGUGUCGUCUCUUGGUGCAUGCGCCAAGCUCGGGCUUGUUAUUCGAGGGAAGGAAGUGCAUGGUUUCAUGUUGCGCCGCUGCAUCGGUUCAGACCCUUUCAACAUUUUCAUCCACAAUGCCCUCAUUGACAUGUACUCCAAGUGCGGUGACAUGGCGACUGCCAUGUUAGUGUUUGCACGGAUGCCUGAACGGGACUUCAUCUCCUGGAACUCCAUGGUGACAGGGUUCUCGCACAAUGGCCAGGGGAAGCAGUCACUUGCUGUGUUCAAAAGGAUGCUUGAAGCUGAAGUGCAGCCAACCUAUGUUACUUUUCUUGCUGUCCUAACGGCUUGCAGUCAUGCCGGUCUAGUCUCUGAUGGCCGUCAGAUUCUUGAAUCAAUGAAGUACCAUGGUGUUGAACCAAGGGCGGAACACUAUGCCUCCUUCAUAGAUGCUCUUGGUCGGAACCAUCAACUGGAAGAAGCAAGCGAGUUCAUCAAAGGUUUGUCAUCCAGGAUUGGUCCAGGUACAACUGGGUCGUGGGGGGCGCUUCUUGGCGCAUGCCGUGUUCACGGCAAUAUUGAGAUUGCAGAGGAAGUGGCGGAGUCCCUUUUCCAGUUGGAGCCUGGAAACAGCGGUCGGUAUGUCAUGUUGUCAAACAUUUACGCAGCGGCAGGUCAGUGGGAUGAUGCCCGCCGUAUCAGGGGGAUUAUGAAGGAGAAGGGUUUGAAGAAGGACCAAGCUUGCAGUUGGAUCGAGGUGCAGAAUGCGAAGCACAUGUUUGUUGCUGAUGACACGUCUCACUGUGAGGCAAAUGAGAUAUAUGGGACGCUGGACAAACUUUUUGAUCAUAUGCGUGUUGUAGUGGAUCCUGUUGAAGACCAGCUUGCGCUGUGCUGAGAGUGUCAUGCCUUCCCAAAGAAUCAUCAGAACAAGAAUGCUACACGAAGCAUGCCAGUAGAUGUUCACUGUUUUGCCUUCAGCAUCUUUGAAAUGGCAGAGUGUUCCAGUUUCUGAGGCAUGAGGCCGCAAAGGAACUUCAGAGCCUAAUUUCUUUGCACAGUACUUGAGGCAGCAAUCUCAGGCAGAACCAGUAUGAUUUGAUCCAUUUAAAUAGCCCUACCCACCGCUUCAGCAUACUACUAAACACCACUAGCAACACAUGGAAGUGUGUGUGUUAUAUGCCAGCAAUCCGUAUACAGUUCAGUAUCUGCUAAGCUGUUGGAUAUCUGUUUGACUUAUUUCUGCAGAAAAAGGGAUAUGUAUUCAUUGAAGUAGAAGUGAGCUAGGACUUCUGCCAACAAUGGUUAUAUUUUCUCGUCACUUCUACUGAUCCUGACUCGAAUUAUGAUUAUAUAGUUUGGACAAGUCGGUGUUGCCUACAUCGUGGAUCAUUGUUCCUCUGUGCAAGUCAAUUUUCCUGACAAACAGGUAUGCUGUGCAAGGCAGGCCGCCACCCUCUGCAGCAACCGAUCUCCUCCUGCUGCUGAUCUUCCGAUCCUCUUCGCAUGAGAGCCACCAUGUCGUCCUUGCCCAGCAUCCGCCUGAGCUCCUGCUUGCUGAUGACAAGCUUCACCCUCAUGACGGCGCCAGGGUCAGCGGCGGCGGAAGGCGCCUUCACGUCGGAGGGGAACAAACGAUGCAGCUGCCCCAAGUCGCCCACCCGGACGUGGUUGAGGUGUUGUUUCUGCGCCCGGAGCUCGUCGUCGGGGUCUGAGCCGGAGACGCGUGCGGGGGCGCCCUUAGAGAGGGGUGGCGGGAGCGCCUUGAGGAUCUCGCCGUCGACGACGCUCAUCACCUUGAUCUCCUUUCUGUCUUGGAUCACCAGGCAGUUCCCCAUGGCCGACGAUGAGCUGAGCUGCGAGCAGAUUGGUGGUGAGCUACGAGGGAAGCACGCGCAGUGGAAAGAUCACAAUUCGCAAGUGCUCGUGUGCAGUGUGUGUAAGUGGGGGGUUGGACGGACCAGUGGAGUGCUCUAUUUAAAGAAGUGAUGGUAGCCCCCGCAAAAAAAGAAAAGAAAAAAAGAAAAGAAGUGAUGGUAGAGAAUGUCCAAAUAUUUAAGAUCUUAUUUCACGAA